GCGAAUAAAAACUUGAAGCUAACGAAGAUGGACAAAGAUUGCGCGGUGUCCAGGCUGCCGGUUGACGGCGAGUCCAUUCGCUUCCAUGACUGGAACAUAAGCUACGAAAAGUCGCACAUAUUGGAGAGCAUCUACAAGCAGGGCAGCACCAAGUUCUGCGACAAGGACGACGGUCGCUGCGAACUCUGCCUCUAUCAAAACUCGCUGGACAUGCCCCACCUUCCCAAAAUGGUGUUCCAUUAAAACAAACUGGUGAUGCAGCACAAGGACGGUGCUCUGAUGGAGUUCAAGUCGAUGGAUGCCCUGUCCCUGGUCGACAAAAGCAAACAGCCGCAGCCCCUGGAGGUGGCCUGUGCCCAGGAAUGGCGUCAUGCACGUCCGGCGCAGACAAUGGAGAAGAUCAAGCCGUUCGAAUGGACAUUCACGUCCACCUAUCAGGGCACCAUGAACGAGAAGAUUCGAUCGGAGAGCACCGAUAUGACGUUAAACAAGUUAAAGUUAAUGCAACGCGAGAAUAUCAUAUUAGACACAGAGCUGACCCUGUUCGAGGAUGAGCUACACGAUCACGGCAUCUCAGUGAUGAGUGUGCGCAUUCGGGUCAUGCCCUCGGGCUUCUUCAUAGUUCUCCGUCAUUUCCUGCGCAUCGACGAUGUCCUGAUGCGCAUGAGGGAUACACGCUUUCAUCAUGAGCUCGAGAACGAUUACAUACUCAAGGAGGUUGUCCCGUGCGCCAAGCUUAAGAGCUCGAUGGCCUUCUGGACCAAUCCGGAUGAGAUGCAGAAAUACCUGCCCGUGCUUUCCAAGAAAAUGCACAAGUUGUCCUUCAAGUAGUCAAGCAACCAACCAAGCCAACCCACCCACACA